AUGGCUGAAUCUUCAAAGCCACGGCCUGUCUUCAUCUACGGCACCCUCCGCGCCCGCCCUCUCCUAGCAUGGGCUCUAACCGGCGACGCCGCAAACACAGAACUCAUCUCAGCCCUCUCCCGUCCAGCCAAAGUACACGGUUAUGCACGCUACACAGUGCGCUCACGAGAUUAUCCCGCCGUUGUAAAGAAAGACGGGCACGAAGUAGAUGGUGACCUACUUGUCCUGGAGACCAAGUCUAUGCGCAAGAAGCUCGAUGACUUUGAGGGCGAAACUUAUACUCCUACGAGCGUCGAUGUGGUGCUGGAUGAUGGCAGCGUUGUGGAGGCGGAUAUGUAUGUUUGGGCUGGAGAUCAAGAUGCGCUGACUGAUGAGCCCUGGGAUUUGGAUAUUUUUGUGAAAGACAGGUUGGAGGAUUGGGUUGGUCUUUAUGAGGGCAUGGAGAUGGUUGGCGAGGAUGAAGAUUGA